GCACUUAAAUUCCAACACAAGCUCCUCCUCUCUCUCUCUCUCUGCGAUCUUACAAGGAACGAAACGCGAGCAGAUACAAGUAGAUCUCAGAUCUCGCCAGGCCUGCCUUUAGAUCCAGAAUGUGGUGGUCUCUCCACUCAUCGAUCUGAGAGUGAUAUCUUCCACGUCUUUUACGCACGUAGACAUGUCAAGAAGGCCAGGAAAUUAUACACGCCGCUUCGUGGGGAAUGGUGGAAUUUUUCAUCCAAAAUCACGUGCCUCUCCUUUAUUAUACAUUGUCCUUGUGUUUCUGGGGGUAAUUCUUUUCAUUGGCUAUUUCUACAGAAGCUCAGGACGUGACAAAGCAGUGUUUAGUAGGAUUGAAGGAGACUUCACAUGCACAUUAGAAGUUCAGAGAGCAAUACCAAUAUUGAAGAAAGCCUAUGGUGACAGUAUGCAUAAAGUCUUGCAUGUCGGACCUGAUACUUGUUCAGUGGUCUCUAAAUUCUUGAAAGAAGAGGAAACUGAAGCAUGGGGUGUGGAGCCCUAUGACAUAGAGGACGCUGAUGGGAAUUGCAAAAGUCUUGUUCGCAAAGGCAUUGUACGUGUGGCAGAUAUCAAGUUCCCUCUGCCAUAUAGACCCAAGUCAUUUUCUCUUGUCAUAGUGUCGGAUGCCCUGGAUUACCUAUCUCCAAGAUACCUGAAUAAGACUCUCCCAGAUUUGGCAAGGGUGUCUACUGAUGGUCUUGUUAUCUUCACAGGUUAUCCUGGUCAUUCACGAGCUAAAGUUGCAGAGCUAUCCAAAUUUGGACGUCCCGCCAAAAUGCGGAGCUCGUCUUGGUGGGUACGGUUUUUUCUUCAGACCAGCUUAGAAGAAAAUGAAGCAGCAAUAAAAAAGUUUGAGCAGGCUGCAAUCAAGAGUUCAUUCCAGUCGAGGUGCCAAGUUUUCCACCUCAAUUCAUACCAUUGAUUAUAAGAUUCAUAACAGUGAUCUCUUCAUUUGUUUUGGAGUUCCUCUAUAAGAGUCAAUAUUUAUUUAGCUCCCAUACAUAAUGUGCCAUGUGAGGCAAUUCAAUUUGGUGGAAGAAAUAUUUGUUACAUCCUCUUAUGUUGUCCUUAACAUUAUUACAAUUUCUAUUUAUUAAUGAUAGUUGAUGGUAAUAUGGCC